AUGAGCAGCGGCAGCGGCAGCGGCAGCAGCAGCAGCAGCUGGCCAGUGAGAGAAGGAGAAGAAUUAGAAGAUAUAUGGGCAAAAGCCAUCAAAGCAGCAGAUGAUCUCUACACGCUGAGGGACACUUAUUUCCCACCAAACCCAUGUGACAAAGUCUCCAAAUUGCAAUCACAAUCUGAUCUCUGUCUCAACCUCCUCGCUUCCAUUCCUAUUGGUGGGUGCCUUCUACCUCUCUCUCGCAUCAAUUUUGAAAUGGGUUUGGAGAAUUUCAACGACCCUUUUGUUUUUGAGCAUCGAAUCUCUUCGUAUCUGUUUGAUAUGGAACAAAGGAAGUCACCUAAGCAACGUGCGACAUAUGAAUAUCUGAGAGGAAAGGUACUGGAUGCGGUACCUGAAUACAGUAAAGAAGCAGAGGACCAUCUCUCUAAAGCUGUUAAGUUGAAUCCAUCACUUGCAGAUGCUUGGCUGUGCUUGGGCAACUGCAUCUGGAAGAAGGGAGAUUUACCUUCUGCAAAAAAUUGCUUCAAUCUUGCACUAAGCAAGGGUCCAAAUAAGAAGAUACUCUGUGCUGAAAAUCAGGCACAAAUUAUUGAGGAAAGCAUUCAACAUGCCAAGGAUGCAAUCACUUUGGAUGUCAAGGAUGGGAACUCUUGGUACAACCUUGGAAAUGCAUGUCUGACAAGUUUUUUUGUAACUGGAGCAUGGGAUCACAGCAAGCUCCUACAGUCUUUAAAAGCAUACCAAAAUGCUGAGAAAGAUGAGAGGAUGAAGUCCAAUCCAGACCUAUAUUUCAACUGUGCCACUGCAAAUCAAUAUCUAGAGAAUUAUGAAAGGGCCCUUGGUGGGUUUGAAGCUGCUGCUUCGAAGGAUCCUAGUCUCAAUGCUAGUGAGGAGGUUCAAAAGAUGGUUAAUCUUCUUGAUAAGUUGGAGAAUUUGUUGAGGGGGCAAGCUAGAGCUAAACGACUUGCUUCUUUGGCAUCAUCCUUGGCUACUGUUAAUUGUAAGUUACCUGACUCUUUUGUGUUUUUACUCAAUGGACCCCUUCAAGCCACUGUAGAUCAGUUGUUAGAGGGCUUGAACAGAGCAGUAGCAUUAGUGGGAAAAGUGCUUUUCUUUGUCAAGCAAGAGAAUGACAUUCCCCUAUAUUAUUUGGUGUGUGAUUCAAAUCAAAUAUGCUUUGUUCUAUCAGUGUAUGGGAUGCGCAAUGAUGCAAUUAAAGAAGGAGAUCAGCUAACUCUUUUGGAGCCUUAUUACCAUUAUGUUGAUUUUUCUUGGAAGGAAAAGGUUAAGGUUUUUGCUUGUAGUAGUGGUGGUGGUGGUGAUGAAAAAGGACAUUGGCUUGAAAAUGGGUAUAUUAAGGGCUCUAGGCCUGAGGAGAUAUGA